AUAAAAUCCACUGAAGAAGACGGACAGUAGGGCAGAGGUAGAGGUAGAAGUAAAGCUCAGAAUCUGAUGUCAUGGCUUUCCUGUGCAGAAACGCUGCUUUGCUCCUGAAGCCUUGCAGAGCAGCGCCAGCCCUCCUGUCUGCCGGCCGCCUCUACAGCUCAGGCGGUCAGUAUGAGUUCAUCAUCGUGGAAAAGCGAGGUGAGAAGAACAACGUGGGGUUCAUUCAGCUGAACAGGCCCAAAGCUCUCAACGCUCUGUGUGACGGUCUGAUGAAAGAGGUGGGACACGCGCUGGACGAUUUUGAAGUGGAUGCAGGCGUCGGAGCCAUCGUCAUCACCGGCAGUGACCGAGCCUUCGCUGCUGGAGCUGACAUUAAAGAGAUGCAGAAUCGGACGUUCCAAGAAUGUUAUGGUGGGAACUUUUUGGCACACUGGAACAGAGUGUCGACAGUGAAGAAGCCUGUGAUUGCAGCCGUCAACGGAUUUGCUCUGGGUGGAGGCUGUGAGCUGGCCAUGAUGUGUGACAUCAUCUAUGCUGGAGAGAAAGCACAGUUUGGUCAACCAGAAAUCCUACUCGGAACCAUUCCAGGGGCUGGCGGCACCCAAAGACUGACGCGUGCAGUGGGCAAGUCCCUGGCGAUGGAGUUGGUGCUGACAGGAGACAAAAUUAAUGCCCAAGAAGCCAAACAGUCAGGUUUGGUGAGUAAAGUUUAUCCUGUGGACCAGCUGGUGUCUGAGGCCGUUAAAUGUGGGGAGAAGAUUGCUUCCAACUCGAAGCUCGUUUCUGCAAUGGCUAAGGAAGCUGUCAAUGCAGCAUUUGAGCUGACGUUAGCAGAAGGAACUCGACUGGAAAAGCGGUUGUUCCACGCUACCUUUGCUACAGAUGAUCGCAAAGAAGGCAUGACCGCCUUUGUGGAGAAGAGAAAAGCCAGUUUUCAGGACAAGUAGAUCAGGAGUUUGAUGACAAACACUGAUGUCGAUUCCCGGUUUGAUUUCUUGAAUGAUGUGGAGAUUUGACACUAAAUUAGUGCAAAGCUGUUAUCUUCUUCUACACAAGAGCUUCCCCCUCUGGGGCUCUUUGUCACAGCAAAUGUAGUCUGAGUGAAGAACAUCUGUCAAGGACCAUGAUUUGAUAACCAUAUUUCAACCUGUGUGUUACAGGAAUGAUCUGCCUUGAUACAUUUUGCGAAGUUUUUCGAUGUGUAAAUGUUUGUAGUUUUGUUUUCUGCAAUCAUUUUACUAAUAAAGCUACAGUAAUUCACUGUCUCAUG